GACAGAUCCCUUUUUCCUUCCAUUUUUGCACUUUCCCUCCUGAUGAUCCAAUCAUCGAGGACCAAGUUUCGAUCAAGAGACAAUUUCUUGACGAGGAUCGCGCACAAUAAACUUUCAACGUAUACAAGACACUCCAUACAGAACCUCAUCAGGAACGGCCGAAUCGUCACUUUGAUCUCGAUGUUGGGUUUGACUUGUGCGCAACGGAUACAGUACUAUUUAGGAGCACCUGAAUGACAUGACAUCCACGGCAUUGCGGAACGCCCCGCUGAUAACCAGGACACCGCUGAUGUGAAGGAUACGUAUCAAGGAACCCGGUGGCACUAUUCUAUUGUGUCAGCCUGUCAAUUUCUUUGUUUCCUUCAACCUUCCAUAUCCAUUCAUCUGGCGCAGGUAGAUUGGACAACUGGGCCAUGAAUCGGGCAGCGACCUCCCUUACCAUCACUGACCCGUUUGUCAAGUACACAUCUCUCGUUGCGACGGGUGUCUACAGCCCAGAUGCGGCCCAGUACCGUCUAGUCCACCACUUACAGAAGGUGUACCUGAGACUCAAGGACUACACACCCUCCCACGAGUACAGGAGCAGGCUCCGUCAGGUCGCAGAGGCCGUCGAUGUGCGCAAGCGGCCGGUCGGGGAAGAGCUCGCCUCUCCCGCUCAUCCCAUCCGACGCAAUCCGCUCUUUGCCCGUUUCUUUCAGAAGGAUGCUGGAAAGGACAGCCUAGCCCUGGCAAGGGUCUUGACGAGCCACCAAGCUGCGCUUACUGUUGACUCCCCAAAGGGUCUGUUUCUCUUUGGCGAGGUAGGCAUAGGCAAAUCCAUGCUUCUCGACCUGCUAGCCGAGGGCUUGCCUAAUCGCCGCAAGAAGAGAUGGCAUUUCAACACAUUCAUGCUUCAUGCGUUCGCGAGACUGGAAGAAUUUCGAAAGUCUCACCCCCUUUUCUCGGCCGAUAACCCAGAGUAUUCACUUCUCUGGAUGGCAAAAGAAAUGGUGGAAACCUCUCCGAUUUUAUUCCUUGACGAGUUCCAGCUUCCCGACAGGGCUGCAAGCAAAAUCAUGAACAAUCUCUUCAUUGCCUUCUUUCAGCUCGGCGGUGUGCUCGUGGCAUCGUCUAAUCGGAUGCCCGAGGAGCUUGAAAAGGCCACCGGAGGUCAUUACUCGCCGCCGGCUACUGGUGGCCUGGUCGACAGAGUUCUGGGCAUAGGCAAGAACCGGUCCGGCGGCGAGUUGUUUGGUCACACCAGUGAUUUUGCCGCCUUUCUAGAAGUACUCAAAGCUCGGUGUGAUUUCUGGCAUAUGGAAGGCUCUAGAGAUUGGAGAAGGAGAGAGGCCUGCUUUGUCAAGCAGAUCGAAUCAAUUCGAAUUCCCUUUCCUGAGUCUGUUCCGGGGCACUCCGAAGCAGAGAGCAUUUCUGUGUCAACGGCAGAUGGCGACGGUCGAGAACAAGAACUCGAAAACGUAGUUCAGAGGCCGGCCAAGUAUUUCAUACUAUCCGAUAAUGUGGAAACAUGGGCAAGGACGGUACUGCUGGCUAGCAACGCGAAUCCGAGCUACGGAGAUAUUCAAGACCUCAGUUGGCGUCCAUCCUCCGUGAUAGUAUAUGGGAGGCGGGUCGAUAUUCCGCGGCAACAUGACGGCGUGUCGUAUUGGACGUUUGCCGAGCUCGUUGACUCAUUAGGGCCGGCGGACUAUAUUACUCUCGCAUCACACUUCCACACGUUUAUUAUCGAUCAAGUUCCAGUCCUGAGUAUCGCCAUGAAGAAUGAGGCACGACGAUUCAUUACGCUCCUCGACGCACUUUACGAGGCGCGGUGCAAACUGGUCAUCAGAGCAGAGGUUGGCCCCGAUGGCCUCUUCUUCCCGGAGAUGAGAAAACAAGCGGCACCAACACUAAACGAGAGCCAGCAUACCGCAGCUGCCAGAGAGGAUCACGGCAUGGAUGCAACGUAUUCGGAAACCAUUGCCGAGGUCUACCAGGACCAAACAGCUCCCUUUCGUCCCAAUAUUUCAACGUACUCGGCGUCGCGGAAUUCAAAGUACAACCCGGAGCAGGACUCGGACUUUGGCACGGCUGAGCCGAGCACAAAGAUGAUUGAUUUCAACAAGGCUGGUGCGGCGUUUACCGGCGAGGACGAACGCUUCGCCUACAAGCGGGCUACGAGCCGGCUGUGGGAGCUUUGCAGCGCCCAGUGGCACGCGAGGACGGGCGAUGGUUGGUGGCAGCCGCUGCCCAGGGAGGCUAGGCAUUGGGAGGGGACGGAUGCGUCGACGCCGCUCCCCUCGCGUCUGCCAGAACGUCUGCCGAGCGAAAUCACGACAAGCGGGUCAGUUGAACUUGAGGAACCCGCGGGCCUGGCGCGGUUUAGAGUUGCUAGGUUGAAGAGCGGUGGGUGACUGGAGUUGAGGGUUACAGUAUGACAUUUUAGCUGCUAUAGUAGGUAGGUAGACUUGACAACCCAGCAUACCUUAUGUUUCCCUCAAAGAAACAGCCCAAGCUACUGAUCCAGGUAUUACUGCCCUGGUGGCAGAAUGGCUUGCCUCUAUUGACAUCCAUGGAUGUAGUCCAUACAAGGUGAGAGGCUGUUCCCAUAGAAUCAACUACUUUUGUGGUGUUCCGCCUUCUACCAGGCACGCCUAGCAGAAUUAGCGUUGCUUGACUAGAUCGACAAGGCAUCUCCCAUCUCCUCUAACAAAACGAGUGCGCGAAUACAAUCAGACACACUGCCAGGGCUAUCAAAUCAAAGCUCCCCUUGAGGCAUGAGGAAGCGUCGCCCUAAGCUGAUAACCCGCUAUCACUGUUUGUUCACAGCUCAAAGCCUCA